AUGAAUCUUCAUCAAACAUAUUCACCUUUCCUUUUCUGCUUCUGCAUCCUCUUUUUCCUUGUGUUCAAGAUAUCUGCACCACUUACUCCUUUUUACCCACUAGAGAACAUUGCCAUUAACUGCGGUUUCCUUGGAAACACAACGGGGAUUGAUGGCAGGCACUGGAUUGGAGAUAUUGGCUCCAUGUACUUUGUUUCCGGAGGAUCAAAUAGUAAAUCAAUAACCUCAUCAGCAACAGUACUUGAACAAUCAUCUCCUUCUCAUGCUACUAUCCCCUAUACCUAUGCCAGAAUUUCACAAACUCAGUUUACUUAUGUCUUCCCAAUCAGCCCAGGCCUAAAGUUUGUCCGCCUCCAUUUCAAUCCGUCUUCAUAUCGUUCUUUUCACAGGUCCAAAGCAUUCUUUACAGUAAAAGCUAAUCGUUAUACACUGCUCCACAACUUCAGUGUUUCACUAACUGCUGAUGCUUUGGGCAUAACAACUGUCUCUAAAGAGUUCUGUCUCAAUGUUGAAGUGAAUCAGCCAUUGAGCAUAACGUUCUCUCCUUCAAGAACUAGCCCUUCUGAUAAAGUGUAUGCAUUUGUCAAUGCUAUUGAGGUUGUUUCUAUGCCUAAUGGACUGUACUCUUCCAUGAAGGAAAAUAUUGAGUGGGACCAAAACAUGAACUUCCCUUCCCUUUGGGGGAGCACUGCACUGGAGACAGUAUAUCGGAUGAAUAUUGGUGGAAGCUUCAUUUCAUCUUCAGAGGAUACAGGUAUGUCACGUGAGUGGUUUGAGGAUACUAGAUUUUUCCUUCAUUCAGGAGUUUUACCUCUUACAACAACAAUGCAAAUAAAAUAUGAAAAGAUACCUAACUUCGUGGCACCUCAAAAUGUUUAUCAAACAUCAUGGUUUGUGGAUCCAAACAAGAAUGCUGAUGAAAUCAUUAAUUUUACGUGGAAGAUACCUGUUGAUCAGGGAUUUUGA